AUGCAGCUUCAAGCUACUUUACAUUACAAUCAACAGUCCCUGCCUCUGUCAGCACUAGUAGACUCCAACACUGAGGGAAAACCUUUGGAUGAAGACUUAGCUUUCCAGGCCAGAAUUUCUCAUAAGCCAUUGAGUGCCCCUCUGGAAGUCCGGGCACUGGACGGUAGACUACUGGCCCGAGUCAAACACUGCACACCACCCCUGUCUCUCCUUCUCUCCAGAAACCAUCAGGAACAGAAAGACAGCUCACUGCGCCCCUGCAUUGACUACUGGGGCCUGAAUAGUAUCAACAUAAAGAAUAAAUAUCCACUGCCCCUUAUCAACUCUGCUUUCGAGACCCUUCACAGAGCCACAAUUUGCUCCAAGUUGGACCCGCAGAGUGUCUAUCACCUGAUCAGGACAAGGAAGGGAAAUGAAUGGAAAACAGCUUUUAACACCUCUCUUGGUCAUUUUGAAUAUCUGGUCAUGCCAUUUGGUCUCACAAAUGCCCCUGCCAUCUUCCAAGCCCUGGCAAACGAUGUCCAUAGGAUCUUUAUUAACCAUUUCAUUUUCAUUUAUUUGGAUGACAUCCUAAUCUUCUCCCGCAGUCUUCAGGAUCACAUCCACCACGUCCAUCAGGUUCUUCAGCAGCUUUUGGAGAACAAGUUAUACGUUAAGGCAGAGAAGCGUGAGUUCCAUGUCCGUUCUGUCAGUUUCCUGGGGUACAUCAUUGAGAGCGGGCAAGUGAGGGCGGAUCCAGAAAAGAUCUGGGCAGUGACGGAGUGGCCAAAACCCACGACGCUCAAACAACUCCAGCAAUUUCUGGGGUUUGAAAACUUCUACCGUCACUUCAUCAGGGAUUACAGCCGGGUGGCAGUGCCCCUUACUCAACUCAUCUCUCCUGCAACCCCCUUCCACUGGACCCCCAAAGCGGACUCAGCCUUCUUGGACCUAAAGCGGCAUUUCACUUCCGCUCCCAUCCUGGCCCAACCCGGCCCCUCUCAUCAAUUCAUUGUGGAAGUUGACGCCUCUGACUCUGGGGUGGGAGCAGUCCUCUACCAACGCUCCGGCCCAGACCAGAAGCUCUAUCCCUGCGCCUUCUUUUCUUGCCAGCUAUUCCCCUGCCGAACGGGACCAGACGUUGGGAACCAGUGGUUUCUGGCCGUCAAACUCACUUUGGAGGAGUGGAGGCACUGGCUGGAGGGAGCUGAACAUCCAUUCAUCGUCUGGAUGGACCACAAGAACCUUGCUUACAUCCAAACUGCCAAACGCUUAAAUUAUCGCCAAGCCUUAGAUGCGGAGAAAGCAUUUGACAGAGUUGAAUGGCCUUACUUAUUUAAUGUGUUGGAGAAGUUUAAUUUUAGUCCGAUAUUUAUAUCAUGGAUUAAAUUGAUUUAUCAUACUCCAGUAGCCUCAGUGUUUACCAAUAAUCAAAGAUCUCCCUUUUUUCGCCUAUUUCGGGGCACUAGACAGGGAUGUCCUCUUAGUCCAUUACUAUUUAACAUUGCCUUAGAACCUUUGGCAAUUGCCAUCAGACAAUCACAGGAUAUUUUGGGUAUUAAUCGUGGAACAGAUAUUCAUAAGUUAUCUUUGUAUGCAGAUGAUUUAUUACUAUUCAUUUCUAACCCGGAGAAAUCCAUUCCAGCAGUUUUAUCAUUAUUGGCUCAAUUUAGUGAGUUUUCUGGGUAUAAGUUAAAUCUUAAUAAAAGUGAAUUGUUUCCAUUGAAUAAACGGGUCCCAAUUUAUGGAAAUUUACCUUUUAAAUUAGUUAAUGACUUUUUUACUUAUUUAGGGAUCAAAAUCACAAAAAACCAUAAAGAUUUAUUUAGAUUUAAUUUUUUACCCUUAAUUGAUCAGAUUAAAGGUUUGUUUACUAAGUGGUCACCUUUGUCUUUAUCCCUAAUAGGUAGGAUUAAUGCUAUUAAGAUGGUUAUUUUACCUAAGUUUUUAUAUAUUUUUCAAGCGAUACCAAUUUUUAUCCCGAAAUCUUUUUUUACUAAUGUUGACUCUAAAAUUUCUUCAUAUAUAUGGCAGAAUAAAAAUCCCAGGUUAGGUAAAACAUAUUUACAGAAGACAAAAAAGGAAGGCGGGUUAGCAUUACCUAAUUUCAGAUUUUACUAUUGGGCAGUUAAUAUUAGAUAUUUGUUAUGUUGGUUGAAAGAUGGGGGUGGAUCUUUUGGCCCUUGUUGGGUGAGUUUAGAAACUAAAUCGGUAUCAGCUUAUGCUUUGGGUUCUAUUUUAGGGACUUCUCUCCCUUUUGCUCUUUCUAAAUUGCCGAAACGAAUUGACAACCCGAUAGUUGCAUAUAUGGUUUCAAUUUCGGAGAUUUUUUGGGUUGACUCAAUUCGUUUUAAAUAGUCCUAUUGUAUCUAAUUGUUUUUUUCACCCUUCCAUUAUAGAUCAAGCUUAUUCGGCUUGGAAAACUAAGGGAUUACUAAGAUUUUCUGAUUUAUUUUUACAUGUCUUUUGAGCAAUUAUCCAACAAAUUUAACUUGCCGAGAUUUCAUUUUUUUAGAUAUUUACAGAUUAGACAUUUUUUAAGUUCUGUACUCUCUACGUUUCCAAAUUUUGUGCCUUCAGAUACUUUGGAGAGUUUAUUUGAAUUAGACCCUUUUCAAAAAGGGCUUAUUUCAAAACUUUAUAAUAUAAUUAUGAAGAUACGUUCAGAGCCUCUUUAUAAGACUAAACAGGAUUGGGAAAGAGAGCUUAGUUUUAGUAUUUCUAGUGAGAAUUGGGAUAGAAUUCUUCAAUUAGUUAAUACAUCAUCGUUAUGUGCCAAACAUUCACUAAUACAAUUUAAGGUCGUACAUAGGGCCCAUAUGUCCAAGGAUAAAUUAGCUCAUUUUUACUCUCAUAUAAGUCCUAUUUGUGAUAGAUGUCAUUCUGAAAUUGCGUCUUUAACUCAUAUGUUUUGGUCGUGUUCAUUUUUGGAGAAAUAUUGGAAAGAUAUUUUUGAUAUUAUUUCUGCGGUUUUGAAUAUCGAUUUACAACCUCAUCCUAUUACUGCAAUUUUUGGUUUACCAAUGUUAGACUCACUGCAUUUAUCUUCUUCAGCCCGUCGAAUGAUUGCAUUUCUAACUCUGAUGGCUAGAAGAUCUAUAUUCUUGAAUUGGAAAGAAAUUGAUCCUCCCACUGUAUUUAAUUGGUUCUCUCAAACUAUGUUAUGUUUAAAUUUAGAAAAAAUUAGAAGUGGUACUUUUGAGACUUCUAUUAAAUUUGAAAAGUUAUGGAGACCAUUUAUUCAACAUUUUCAUAUGAUGUAAUAUGACCCUGUGCCAUUUGAUUUCCCAGCUUUUAGCUUAUGUAUUUUGAGAGGACCGGAAGUGACGGCAUUGAUGAAUACUUAUUUUUGUGAGAUAUUAUAAACAGCCCGCUUUUUUUUUUCCUUCUCUUUUUUUUUGUUUCUUUUUUCUUUUAUAUUACUUAUUAGUUAUAGUUAUUAGAUUAGAUUAGCUAGUUCUGCAUUAUAUAAAUUUUUUUUUGUUUUUUUUUUCUUUUUUCUGUUUUCUUUAUAUUAUACUAUGAAAUAUUUAGAUUUACUAUGUCCAUACAUAUAUCUUAUGGCUUAUGUCUUGGUAAACUCAUUUAUAUUGUAACUAUUAUGUAUGGUUUUUUUCAUAUGUAAUGGAAUGUGUAUGUUGGUAAU